GCUCAGCCUUCUGGAGUCCGCUGACUCAGGCUGACUUGAUGAGACAUCCAGCAAACCUGCCGCCGAGAGCAACCUGACUUUACACACCCUCCAGACUCGGACUGAAAGUUGACUGAGCCGCUUCACAAAGUGUCGGAGAGCGAGGGGGCUGCCUGGUCGAGGUCAGAACUCGAGGUCACAGAAAAAGCAAGACAGAAGAAGGAAAAGUCGUCUAAAUUACUGGAGUGUGCUGGAAAGAUGCAGGAGACAGGCUUCUUCACUCAAAAGAAAACGGCAGUAGCACUGAGCAUUGUGCUUUUAAUGCUGGCUCAACAGGUGUGUGCAGGUCCACUGCUCUCUCAGGUCCAGUCCAGCUCCGACCUUAGCCAAGAUUCAAAGGCGGAACAGACCGUCCAUGUACUGAGGAGGAUAGCUCGGAUGACGCCGCUGUGGAGGAUCAUGAACAGUAAACCCUUUGGAGCAUACUGCCAAAACAACUACGAAUGCUUAACAGGACUCUGCAGGGCGGGACACUGCUCCAACAUCCUCCACUCCCCAUCAGGGCCCGUCACCCACUAGAGGACACGACCAGCAUGUUUACACGAGUGCACAACCGUAAUCCUGAUGGGUUCUGAUAACUGGGAUAUGUAUCCACUUAUGUUUUUUGUUUUAAAUCAGAAUUUGUAUUUAUGUGUGCCAAUAUGAUGAUCUAUACUUAAAUGUACACUGCAGGUUAAAAAAAAAAGGCCAAAAUGAGAUAUAUUAGCAAAAGUAAGUUCGUAAAAGUUGGCAUUAGACGAUGGAGUAAAGAGUAGAACUCAUCAAGAAGUUCACACCUGAUCUUUUCUGUGAUAGAAUGUGAUAUAUGUCAGAACAGAAAAUGGAUGAAAAGCGCUUAUAUUUAUGGACCAAAAGCUUUCAGCUGUGAUCGUUUCUGCUGUCCUGCCAGUUACUGUGGCCCUGAACUUAUCUCCACCACUGAUAUCAUGGAGGCUGAUGUCCACAAAGCUUGAUAACCAGCUGUUGUUGACAGUCCGUUGUUUCACUCACAUGUGACAAUGGGACAUUUCAUCUCUUCUAAACCUACCUGCGUAUCUUUGAGAGUUUAGAUAUAUCGUAGAAUUUUUACAUCCUCUUGGCUGAACCAGAUAUUCAUGGUCAGUUCCUGGAAAAUUCUGAGCAAUAAGACUCUUUAUCUCUUGUAGUAUUUUUGCAACAGAUAAUGGUGAACGAGCAGGGAGCAGUGUGUGCCUUUCAGGAGCGCCUGACCUUUACCUUUUGCCCAUGUUUCAUCAUCGCUGUCUCAUGUUGCGCUUGGUAACUUUAAGUGUCAUCAUUUUAUAUUUUACUGAUAAUGGAAACACAUAUACACAUAUUUAACAGCCCAUCACCCAAGAAUAUAUGUAUCAUCAACGCUGUCAAAGCAAAAGUUAGUCAAAUGUUGAGCUUGAGAAGAAGCCAAAAAAGGAUAAAUAGUACUUUUACCCCCUGCCGUUUGGGAUUACACAGAGCAAAAAGUCCAUUUUGACUUGCAGAAUAUUCAAAAUUCUCAGAAAUAUUAAUCAACAAACCUUUGAAACCUUCAGCAGAUAUUAUUGUACCAACUCACUGGGAUGAAAGUCAUAAAGAUCGGCAGAGAAAAGCAGAAAAGAGGCAUAAAAGACGAGCGUAAAUCAGAGCGAAAUGAUAAGAAGAGGAGCAGUUUACAGUACAUAACAUUGAUCCUGUAGUCAAGCUGGUGCCUUACACAUUUUAAUACUUUAAUGUAUUUUUUUUCAAGUUAUAUCUAAAAUCCAAACCAAUCUUCCAAUAGAGAUCACAGUAUAUACAUUAUUCACAAUAUCUGUAUUGCAUGCAUUGAUUUUGUGUACUGCAGUGAUCCUCUGAUAUUUUAUUUAUUUUAUUUUUUUUGUUUAAGUGUCAAAAAUGUGCCCAUUUACAUUUAUUACUUUUUGUUUAGUGAUAUUUUAAUGCUUUGUUUGAGAAUAAUCGAUCACCCAGUCCGGUUUUUACAACGUUUCUUUAGACAAUCUUAAAUCUGUAACCGGUAAUCCAAAAUCUAGACACACUGGGCCGAAUGUACAAGAACACAUUCCUAGCUGUGAUCUGUAUGGCCUUUCAUGUUUUAUUUUUGCACAUCUGUGUCCUUCCUAAAAUUGGAAGGCGAUUGCAGAUUUCCCUUUGACUCACCUGCAAAGUUUACUUCACGCACACGGCGGGUGGUUGCUGACAUUCUGUUUACUCAGCACGUCUGAGAAAUGUUUGAGUAGGAUUGCACUUUUAAACCCAAAUUAUCUUUGUACUGUGUACUGCUUACUGUACUGUGUUACUUACAUGCAGAGAACUGGAGAAAAAAGUGGAAUAAAUGCAAUGUGAAUGAAAAA